GCGCCCGCGUCCGGCCCUUCGCAGUAACCGGCGCGAACGGCGCCCCUCGUUUCUCCGUGAGCCCGACUUCCUGCAGCUGAGCGCGCGGACGGGUGGCCUGGAAGCUCCUGGCGACACCGGCCCCAUGACGUCAUCCCACUGCCUCGCGCCACCGCCGCGGCCGCCCGUGACGUCACCAGCCUGCUCGCGUCCCGCCCGGCCCUGCGGGGUCCCCUGUGCGCCCCUUCCCCAUGCGGUGACGCCGCCCUCUCCCCGCCCGUGCGUCCCAGGGGGACGCUUCCUGCAGCCCUAGGUGCCCAGGACGCGCGCUGCGGGAGGCGCCUCCGGAGGCCGGGCCGGUGUCGUGUCAAACUCGGAGACCCAUUGGGGCCAAAACCGGCACCGGAGGGGGCGCGCGAGGGUCGGACGAAGGAAGAGGCGCCACUCCAGGCUCGCCCACCCCUCGGGGCCGCCCGACCCCGCGCCCGGGGCGAAAAGUCCUUCCCGGCUCCCCGCUCGGCCCCCGGGGCGGGAAAGUGAGCCCCAGACUCCGCGCAGCCAGGGGUCCCUGGUCCCCGUUGUCCCCCGGCGCGGUGCUCGGCCCCGGCUGCAGGGGAGGGGCGCGGAUCGCCCGGCCUGGCCCCAGGGUCGGAGGAGGGCGCGAGGGGAGCCCCCCCCAGGCCUUUGUCGCCCGCGGCCGGGAGCCUAGGCGUGACUGACAGCGGCAGGGGAGGCAGCGGGCGCCGAUUGGCCGGCGCGAGUGUGGGAAAGAACGCGGGGCCGGGUUCACACGCCCCGCGGCGGCUAGGCCUUAAAUAGCGGCGCGAGCCGGCGCUGCGCGCGGGCCUAGAGCCGGGACCCGCCCGAGGGUUUCGGACCGCCGUCCGCCCGCUCUACCCGGCGCAGGGCGCACCAUGCCCGCAGACACUCCGGGGAAGCCGAGCGCCUCUCCGCUGGCAGGAGCGCCGGCCAGCGCCAGCCGGGCCCCGGACAAGCCGCGGAGCGCGGCCGAGCACCGCAAGUCCUCCAAGCCGGUCAUGGAGAAGCGGCGCCGAGCGCGCAUUAACGAGAGCCUCGCUCAGCUGAAAACCCUCAUCCUGGACGCCCUCAGGAAAGAGAGCUCCCGCCACUCGAAGCUGGAGAAGGCGGACAUCCUGGAGAUGACUGUGAAACACCUGCGGAGCCUGCGGCGCGUGCAGGUCACAGCCGCGCUCAGCGCCGACCCCGCCGUCCUGGGCAAGUACCGCGCCGGCUUCCACGAGUGUUUGGCGGAGGUGAGCCGCUUCCUGGCCGGCUGCGAGGGCGUCCCGGCCGACGUGCGCUCCCGCCUGCUCGGCCACCUGGCCGCCUGCCUGCGCCAGCUGGGGCCCUCCCGCCGCCCGGCCGCGCCGCCCCCGGCUGUCCCCGCCGCAGAGGCCCCGGCGCCCGAGGUCUGCGCGGGCCGCCCGCCGCUGCCGUCGCUCGGAGGUCCCUUCCCCCUGCUCGCGCCGCCGCUGCUGCCGGGUCUGACCCGGGCGCUGCCCUCCGCCCCCAGGGCGGGGCCGCAGGGCCUGUGCGGACCGUGGCGGCCGUGGCUGCGUUGACGCUGCAGCCCUGGGACCGCCCGGAGACCGCGCCCCGUUUUAGGGCCGGGGCCUCUUCUGAGACUGUACCGGAGAAAACGUAUUUAUUGCUCCAGA